AUGGUCACGAAAAAGGCAACACCCAUAUUUGCAAAUAAGGAGGAUGGUAAUUUUAGAGAGGCAUUGAAACUCUAUGAUCUGAAACAAUACAAAAAGUCUUUAAAAUUAGUGGAUGCAAAUUUAAAAAAAAAUUCCAAUCACGCUGAAUCAUUAGCUUUAAAAGGUUGUAUAUUAUUUCACACUGGUCACAAAAAUGAAGCUGAAAUAUACAUUAAAAAGUCUAUUACCAAGGGUGCAUCAAAUUACCUAGUGAAUCAUUUAGUCGGUUUAUACUAUAGAGCAUUAGAAGAUUACGUUGAAGCUGCAAAAUGGUUGAAAGCAGCCAAUGACAAUGGAUCUCCUAACAAACCUAUAUUACGUGAUUUAUCAUUUAUGCAAGCUCAAAAUAGAGAUUACAAGCAUUUGGUGGAAAGUAGACAAUUAUAUUUAGAACAUGCACCAGGAUUUAGGGCAAAUUGGACGGGGUUAGCUGUUGCUCAACAUUUGAAUAAAGAUUAUAAUGGGGCAGUAGGGACUUUGAGUAAAAUUGAAGAUAUCAUAAAGGAACAUUUAACAGAAAAUGAUAUGUAUGAGCAUAGUGAAUGUUUAUUGUAUAAAAAUCAAAUUAUUGCAGAAGCUGGAAAUAUUACAAAAGCGUUGGAAGUAUUAGAAAAUGAUAAAGAAGGUAUAAAGGAUAAAUUAUCAUACUUGGAAUAUAAAGCUAAAUACUUGUUAUUAUUAGGCGAAAAAAAAGAAGCAUCAAAAGUUUACAGACAAUUAUUAAAAAGAAACCCAGAUAAUAAAGAUUUUUAUACAUUAUUGGAGGUAGCAUUGGAAACAUCUAAUAAGUCACCUGAGGUAAGAUUAAAAUUAUAUGAGAAACUUCAAUCAUUUUAUCCGAAAUCUGACCCACCCAAAUUCAUUCCAUUGACAUUCUUACCAAGUGAAUCUGAUUUAUUUGAAAACAAAUGUAGAGACUAUAUUGUACCUCAAUUGUUAAGAGGUGUUCCAGCCACAUUUGUAAAUAUUAAACCAAUAUAUCAAGAUAAAAAAAAAUUGAAAGUAAUCGAAAAUAUUGUUCUAAACUUCCUUCAUGAUGAAGCUUUUGAAAUCAAAAAUCCGACUGUCACUGUAUGGACUUAUUUUUUCCUUGCUCAGCAUUACCUUUACACAAAUGAUCUUGAAACAGCAUCGAAAUACAUUGACUUAGCAUUAGACCAUUCCCCUACGUUGGUUGAGCUUUACAUAAUAAAAGCAAGAAUUUUGAAACAUUUAGGAAAAUUGCGAGAAGCGUCAAAUGUUAUGACUCAAGGUAGGGAAUUAGAUUUACAAGAUAGGUUUAUCAACUCGAAAGCGACUAAAUAUUUACUUAGAGAUAAUAGAGUGGAUGAAGCUAUUGAUUGUAUAUCAUUGUUUACAAAAUUAGAAGAAGGUGUGAUUAAUGGAUGUAAAGAUUUACACAUCAUGCAGGUAAAUUGGGUGUUAAUUGAAAGUGCAGAGGCAUAUGCUAGAAUUUAUCAUGAGUUAAUUCAAAAAUUCGAAGAGUCCAAUUAUGAUAAAGACAGCGAGGAAUAUGAACUUGGUAUUGAGGAAAUUGAAAUAAACAAGGGAUUAGCAAUAAAACGAUUUCAAGCAAUUCUCAAGACUUUCAAAAUAUAUUUUAAUGAUCAAUAUGAUUUUCAUUCAUAUUGUUUGAGGAGAGGAACACCUAGAGAUUACAUAGACACAAUAAAAUGGGAAGACAAAAUUAAAUCCUCACCUGUAUACAUUAGAGCAUUGAAAGGUAUCACGGAAUUAUAUUUUGAGCUUUAUGGAGAACAGCAAAGUUUGAAAGUUGAAUCGAAGGAGAAUGACUUCAAAAUUAAAAAGAGUGGAAAGAAACAGAAGAAAGUGAAAGGACAAAAUAAUAAGAAAAAAUUAGAACAACAAGCGAAAGUUGAGAGUGAAAAAGAUGAUAAAGAUCCGUUUGGAAUUAAAUUACUUCAUGAUUUACAGGAAUCUGACAUAAUUGAACAAUUGUUCGAACUCUAUGAGGACAUGAAGGAUCAAGCACCAAAAUCUAAAUUAGUUUGGGAGAAUUUUUUCAAAAUUUAUUCAGCUCAAGGUAAAUACGUCUUGGCUUUACAAGCUAUAAAAAGUUUAGAUAAAAUAUUAAACUCAGAUGGUGAUAAAAAAUUGAAGGAUAUAGGCAAUAAAAUUAUCACACUUUCGCAAACAACGAAAGAGGACCCAAAUGCAAAUCAAGCAAUUAUUAAAGUUGUUGAAAAAGGAUUAAACUCUGCAUAUCCAGACUUUGAAAAGUUAUCGAUAUCAGAAUUUACAGAGGUGUAUAAAGAAUGA